AUGACUCCCGCUGUGGGAAUGGCGGGCACAGCGUACAAGUCCAAGGGCAGGGGAGGAAAUAAGGAGCCUGCGAUUGUCCGGGUCCAGCGCCCGGGUCCGCCCGCAGCCAGAAAUUCUGGCGCAGGAAGUUGGGUUUUGUUUUGUUUUGGUGCAUCUACUUCAAGGAUUAAGACCAUUAUCAGCAAUCAGACUGUCAACAUUCCAACAUAUACCAACAUCACUUGGAAGGGGCACACAGUGAUUGUGAAGGGCCCCAGCAGCACCCUGCAGAGGGUCUUCAAUCACAUCAAUAUAGAAGUCAUUCUCCAUGGAAAGAAGAAGAGGCUCCAGGUUGACACAUGGUGGAGAAAUGCAAAGGAACUGGCUAUUGUUGGCACUAUCUUCAGUCACGUGCAGAACAUGUUGAAGGGGGUUACAACGGGCUUCCUUUAUGAGAUGAGGGUGGUGUAUGCUCACUUCUGCAUCAGUGUUGUAAUCCAGGAGAAUGGUUCUCUAGUUGAAAUCAGGAAUUUCAUGGGAAAAAAAUACAUCCACAGGGUUUGGAUAAGGUCAGUAUCUCAAGCCCAGAAAUCUAAGUUUCUAGUUGAAGGAAAUGACGUUGAAUUUGUAUCCAGUUCAGUUGCUUGGAUUCAGCAAGCCACAACUAUUAAAAACAAGGAUAUCUGA